UAUGCAAAAUUUGGGGGGCAAACAGAGUGAGUUAUGGGCAAUUGGAAAAUAGAGAAUUACGUGCGGAAUGGCGUGACACAGCGGGUCUAAUGAAUUGUGCAAUAUUUCCGAGAAUCUGACAAUUGAAUGUUGAUAAAGUUGAUGCGUUAAUGUGAGAGACCACGAUGGGAAUCCGAAUGCUCGCUUUUAUCUUACGAUUUGCUGGUCUCAUUUCUUUGAUUUAUCACCGAUCGGCAGCGUCAGAAAGGAUGACAAGUAUUUUCGUUUCACCAAACGGAAGUGACUCGCCACAUUGCGGCAAUUCGAGUCAGCCCUGUCAGUCGUUAGAUUUCGCCAUCUCACUAGCACGCCAAAAGGGGGCAAACUCGACAACAAUAUCAGCAGCAAAUGGCAAUUACACGCUGGCAAAGAGCUACAGUUUUACGAAUUUGUUGAACUUUGGCCUGGUAGGACAGAGUUUCGAUCCUGACCUUGUGGAAAUAACGUGCGAGGCAAAUGUAAGUCUUUCAUUUAUACUGAGCGACAGUAUAUUCUUCGAGGGAAUCAAGUUGCAGAAGUGUGGCGGAUGGCAUCGAAGCUCAGUUGGUGCGAAGAAACCUUAUCGUGGCCUGGAUGGAGUCAAUUUUAAAGCUGCCUUAGACUUUCGUUACUGCAGGAAUAUACGACUCUCUAACGUCGAGAUCUCAUCCUCCCCGGGGCUUGGUUUUAAUUGUUAUGAUUGUGGCGGCUUUGUCAAUUUUACACACAGCAUAUUCGCUGACAAUGUAGCCCACCGUAGUAACACAACAUCCAUGAAUGAAAGUCCAGAUGUAGAUGGCUCCAUAGACUAUGUCUAUUCAGGAGGAGGUGUUUAUUUGGGGCUAGAUCCUUAUGGACAUAACACUGUCAAUGUAACUCCGAGCACGCACAACUCGUUUCAGCAUAACAACUCUUACAUUUUCCGGAAUUGCCGUUUUCUCAGAAACGAAGCCGUAUGGUUGAACGGAAGCGGUGAGCGUGACUUCGUCGACACGCCAGAACUUCCGUUCAGUCGUGGCGGCGGUUUGGCAAUAUUCCUUCGAUCAAAUGCAAGUGGAUGCACCAUUGAUAUAGAAUCUUGUGUUUUCACCAGUAAUCGCGCACAUUGGGGAGGAGGCCUGACACUAGAGUUGAAAGAAAGAACCAGAAACAAUAUCUUCACGAUGGAAGACACAUGGUUUGAAAAUAAUGAGGGAGACCUAGCGGGUGGAGGGGCUCGACUAGGCAAUCUUAUUGAAGGCGACGGACGUCAUCUGAAUACCUUUACCGUAAACAACUGCUCGUUCGUUAACAACACGGCCAUUUGGGGAGGUGGAAUGUCAGUUUUUGGGACGACCAUCCCCGGCAUAACCGACCAGACAGAUGUAACGCAGUUCUAUUUCACCCGAUGCCACUGGUUUUACAACGUUGCAACAGUGGGGGCCGCCAUGGGAGUUUUCCUAUCCAAUCAAAACGAAGAUCAAAUCGGACCCGAAGUGCCAUACCAUGUCAGCUUCAACGGUUCGUUGUUUCUAAGAAAUCAAGUUAUCCGAAUGAAGGAACUCGUCACAAUCGGAGAAGGCGCACUUUACAGCGUCGAAGUGCCUUUGAUAUUUCGGGGAAACGUGACCUUCAUCAACAACACUAAGUCUGCCUUAGCCUUAGAUGGCUCUACAAUGGAAAUACAUGGUAACGUGUACUUCUUCAACAACAGCGGAUUCAGAGGAGGUGCCCUAGCCAUGUAUGGACGUUCAAGAAUUAUUUUUCACAAAGAUUCCUACCUUCUUUUUCAAGGGAACGAGUGUGAGGACAAAGGGGGAGCUUUGUAUAUCUACGCCCCUGGACCGCCUCUGGUUGGUUUCAAUGCGACUGGCACAAACACUCACAUCUGUUUCUUUGGAUACUCGGAUUCGUCCGUGGAUUAUGAUGAAUGGGAAACAAAGGUUGUCUUUCAAGGCAACAAAGCGCCGUAUUUUGCGGCAGGAAAUUCGGUUUACGCCACGACAUUGAAGAACUGUCGACAAGCUGGUGAAGCCCGUCAAAACAACUCCGUGUUGCGAUGGAAAUUCGUUGAAUUCAAAGAUGCAGAUGGAAAAAGAACGUCCCUGACAAAGGAAGUGAGUACUGACCCAGUGGACAUACACUAUGACAGAAGCGAUUGGGAUGUUGCUCCAAGCGAGGUUUUUAAUGCCUCUGUCUCAUUACUUGACGAGAUCGGCAAUUCCGUUGUUGGUAUUCUCAUGGUUAAAGUUAAUCCACUGCAUAGACCUUCCUCAGUCGAACUAAGCACUUCUUCGCCCUUGUUUGUUGCGAACGGAAGCAUUUCGAAUCUAAAAUUGGUGGGAAACAUCAGCGAAAAGUUCUCGGUGGAGCUGAAUUAUAUGGGAAGACAGGUAUUAACUGAAACGAUAACUGACCUUUCCUUAAAAGACUGUUAUCCUGGAUUUACGUUGAGGAAUAGAAUGUGUGUUUGUAUGGAUUCUACAGACAAUGGUGUCGCGAGGUGCCUACCUGAUGGAAAGACAUUUUACCUUAAACAUGGCUACUGGGCAGGAUCAGUCAAUGGCAAAUUUGUUACUCAUAUUUGCCCGACGGGGUACUGUAAUCUCUCGAGCCAGUACGAAACUGAACAUGAGUACAUUUCCACCAGCAUUUGCAAUGAGAACAGAGAUCAGAAGAGCGUGCUUUGCGGAGAUUGUAAGCCGAAUUACAGCGUUUUGUUUGGAGGAGAACGUUGCUCGAAUAAAUGUUCUAACUGGUACCUGUUCCUGCUGCUCUUGUAUGGCCUGAUACUGCUGGUUGUUGUCAUGGGGAUCAUGCUCAUUGAUCUCGAUUUCUUCACUGGAUACUUGAAUGCCUGGUUGUAUUCUUACCAAGUCAUGAAGGUAAUAACACCCGCAGGCUUUAACUUCGAUCCUUUCAUCGAGUUUGUCAUCGGUCUCGCUAACUUUCAAUUCAAGACAGGCUCAGGUGGAGUUUGCUUUGCUGCUGGUUUGGACGAUGCCGAUAAGUUGGCAAUAAUGUACGCCCUACCAACGUAUGUUUUGGUGUUGGUCAUUUUGCUAGCCAAAGCCGUAGGCAAACAUCCCAACUGGUGGUUCAGCAAACGAGUCAAAGCCGCCCCAUUUCGCGCCUUCUGUACCAUUUUUGUCCUUUGCUACACUGAUAUUACCCGAAUCUCUUUGCGUAUACUGCAUCCCGCCGAAGUCGGAUCCAAGAUUGUGGUGUACGCAAACGGUAACAUUGAUUUCUUCAGCGGAAAGCAUAUUGCGUACGGAUUAUUGGCAAUCCUGUACAUUUUGAUCGUGGUUGUCCCAUUUCCAUUGGUUCUUUUGUUUCGCCCUUCCCUCACCCGUGGCCUGUUCCCGGUGUUGAAUCUCAAUCGAUGGAAGCCGAUAUUUGAUGCUCUUCAGAACUGCUUCAAGGACAGGUUUCGAUGGUGUGCAGCUUUCUACUUCCUCUGCCGAUUCGUUCUCCUGGCUAUUUCCACCUUCGUGCCUGCGAGUGCCAUAAAGAGAGCCGUGCUGGAGAGUGCCUGUGUCGUGAUCCUCCUGACGUUUGCAUUCUUGAGGCCCUACAAGGAAGCUGCUGAUGUGAAAGAAGACGAGGAAAGUUACGAAUGGAUCAACAAGUCAGAUGUCGCCCUUCUUGCAACGCUUUCGUUGAUUGCCAUAUUCAGUUCACCAAUCAACGGGAGCUUGUCGUCUAACACCAGGUUAGGUUUGAAAGUCUUCGUUUGUGUGCUGGCUUAUAUUCCCUUAAUGAUGUUUGGAAUGGUAGCCGUUAGAAUCGUCAGACAAUGCCUCGAGGCCAGGAAAUUAAAGGAAUUAAACGAGCCUGAACUUUCUGUGACCGACUUGUCCGACAUCACUGAUGAGGCGGCUGCAGAGUAUAGCCAGCACGCAUGACUUUACCAAAGUGUAACGCUUAGUUAGGCCCCGUUCACACUACGCCGGAAGAAUUUGAAAACGAUGUUUCACUCUGAAAACGCAGCAAAUGUUUUCCCUUCACACUACACCGGAAGAUUUUAAAAACGCAGCAAAUAUCGUUCAUUUGCGAUUUGUGUUUGAGGAAAACUCGGUCAGGGAAAUC